AUGAGAUUAUUAUUCGGAAUAGUUGUGCUAUUUUAUAUAGCUAGAACCGAACUCGUACCAGUCUAUUAUGAUCAAAUGGAAUAUGUUAACCCAAAUCCAGUAGAGUAUGUUGAAUAUUCACCAGUAGAGUAUGUUGAGUAUGCACCAGUGGAGUAUGUUGAGUAUGCACCAGUGGAGUAUGUUGAGUAUGCACCAUGGGGUACACAGACUAUGAGCAGGAAGAGUAUGUUGAGGAAACAGAGCCAGGCAUAG